AAACACAGUGUCUUCACCAGUCUCUAAGGUGCUGGAUCACCACUGGCUUCUGACCUCUUGAGACAUUUUCAUGGUCAGGGAAUUGCAUUUUUUUUUUUUUACCCCUUUAUUUUCUUUUCUGAGCAGGCUUGUUAAGUACCAGAGUGGUGAGUAAAGGGGAUCUGUGGAUGGUUAAAUUUGCCCUGAGGUACUGUUCAUAGGACCUGGGCAGCCUCAAAGUUCAAAGAGGGAAGGACCAGGAGAAUUCGUGUAUAUUGUGUUAGGGGCCAUGGGUUUUACAUACCCAACCUCUCACUUCACUCUCCUGAUAAUAACUUGUAGGGUGCCUCUAGUAACUCAUAGUUUUGAAAAUUAAAAAGCAAAGUCUCCAAGAGGUUCUUUACUCUGUUCUAAGUCACGGAGCCUGUAAGUGGUGGAGCCAGGCCGGGAGCAAGAGCCAGGUUCUCUGCACCGGAUCAGGCUUAGUCUGUUUUUGGUUUUGUUUCCCCCUUCUCUCUGUUUUCUUUAUUGCCACACAGAUUCCACUAAUGAGUCCAUUGUGGGGAGGGGACGAUUUCCCUUUCCGUCCUGUGUUAUUUUGUCCUCCUGUGCCCCAGAGGUCCUAGUGCAGUGUACUCUACCUGGAGGCGGAACUCCUUUCCUCCGCCGGCUCUUCGGGCCGGGUGAGGGUGGUGAGGCGGAUAGGGCUGCGCUGCCAGGCAAAGGGAGAAGAGACUGUGCUGCCUGUGCAUUGCCCCGAAGGCAUUUUCCAUUUCCUAGGUCCCUUCCGCUUCCCAGGCCUCACCCCUCGCCCCACAGCUUCAGCUCAGGCCCCUUGAGGGGAGGCCAUGGCCGCGGGCUGACAGCAUCGGGGGCGCGGGGUCGUCUCGGUGCUCUUGCCCAUCUGUGCGCAGAGCCUCGUUCCGGGCGCCUGGAGCCCGGCGGGCAUUGACGUCAAGCGGUGGCGGAGCGCUGCCUACAGACGGCUGACCCGGGCCCUCCUCCACACCCCUUCCUUUCUCGCCCCCUCCCUCUUCCCCGCACCGAGAGCCCGGGCUCGCUAUAAAAGGCGGGAGAGCGGGGCGCUCCAGCAGCGACGGAUUUCAGAACCAUGGAGAGCGCCCGUCUUCGGCUGCUGCCCCUUCUGGGCGCCGCCCUGCUCCUGAUGCUACCUCUGCUGGGCGUCCGUGCACAGGAGGACGCCGAGCUCCAGCCCCGAGCCCUGGACAUCUACUCUGCCGUGGAGGACGCCUCCCACGAGAAGGAGCUGAUUGAAGCGCUGCAGGAAGUCUUGAAGAAGCUCAAGAGUAAACGUAUUCCAAUCUAUGAGAAGAAGUACGGCCAAGUCCCCAUGUGCGAUGCUGGAGAACAAUGCGCAGUGCGGAAAGGAGCCAGGAUCGGGAAGCUGUGUGACUGUCCCCGAGGAACCUCCUGCAAUUCCUUCCUUCUGAAGUGCUUAUGAAGGGGCACCCAGCCUCCUGCACAUUCCCUGUCUCCCCUACUUACCUGAGAGGGUCACACCUUCAUCACAGAGCUUGGCUUUAGCAACAAAUAAAGUUUGCAUUUUCCUCUGAGGGUGGAGAGGGCUCUUUCCCUGCUGUUUCAAAAAUAAAAGAACACAUUUGAUGUUACCGUGUGAAGGGUAAUGCCAUAUAUGGUGUUGAUGUGUGUGCAAAGUAUUCUUUUCUUGUUUUAUUUGUCUGAUGAACUCUUCUGUACCUUUGUAUAAAGAAGAGGAACUUUGCUUUGAAAAUUGUAUUUUUGUAUGUGGCAUGGCAGAGUGAAAAUUAGAUCUAGUUAAACUUGGUAGAUGACAUCACAGCCUGGAAAAGAAAUCAUCCUAAACAACACGAAUUGAAGCAUGUACAAAUUAUACAUAAUAAAGUGUUUUUAAUAAUU